AUGCCAAUCUUUUACGGUGACAACAAGUUCAACUUUCGCAGCUCAGAUGCACUUGAGACAUUCGCAAGCGUCACUUCGCCACGUCGUCUUCGUCACCUCAAAGUACUGCACUUUUCGCAUGAAAUCAGGGAGGACAUGUGCCUGGCAGCGGACGCUCGAUUGCGGGCGGCUGUCGAGAAUAUCAGUAACGUGGUAUCUCUCGAUGAGAUGACCAUCACCUUCGACCUCUAUCCAAUUUGGAACGUCAGAUGUCGGGCCUGUUCGUGCGACCAUACCAACCCACGUACUGUCGCCGAUGUGCCGUCUCUUGGGGCACUUUUGCGAAUUUUCACAAAAGCGAAGAAAAGUGGCGUCUUUCUGGAUGAUUAUCUUGGCGCAAACAAGGAUAUCCGCAGUAUCAUCAAUGAGUUCACUCUCCAGGUGAAUCAGAUCAUGGAUCAGAAGAAGCAAGAGAUCGAGGACGUUGAGGGAAAUCAAGAGGAUUCGAAGAGCGACGAGGGAAGUGGAAGAUUACAGAGCGAAGACCCACCAAGAUUGCCCCGGCAUGGGCAGGUGCAAGAGAUUCAGGGAAGCGAAGGAGUCGAUGAGGAGCGGGGAGGAUAG